CCUGGCGCACUCGCUGGUGGUGGGCGCAGAUCGUGUUCUGGGGAUUUUUACCUGCACUCGAGUUCCGGGGGAAUCUUUACCUGUGCUCGGGUUCCCGACGCACUCUUUUGGAUAACUUGCUGUUCGUGGAUCGCAGAAUGACUCUGGAAGAAGUCCGUGGCCAGGAUACAGUUCCGGAAAGCACAGCCAGGAUGCAGGGCGCCGGGAAAGCACUGCACGAACUUCUGCUGUCGGCGCAGCGCCAGGGCUGUCUGACCGCUGGCGUCUACGAGUCCGCCAAAGUCCUGAAUGUGGACCCUGACAAUGUGACCUUUUGCGUGCUGGCUGCCGACGAAGAAGAUGAGGGCGACAUAGCGCUGCAGAUCCAUUUCACGUUGAUCCAGGCGUUCUGCUGUGAGAACGACAUUGACAUAGUGCGCGUGGGAGACGUGCAGAGGCUGGCGGCGAUCGUGGGCGCAGACGACGAAGGGGGCACGCCCGGAGACCUGCAUUGCAUCCUCAUUUCGAAUCCUAAUGAGGACACAUGGAAGGACCCUGCCUUGGAGAAGCUGAGUUUGUUCUGCGAGGAGAGCCGGAGCUUCAACGACUGGGUGCCCAGCAUCACCCUUCCCGAGUGACCGCCUGGCAGGGACCUUGAUCUGAUCGACUUGGUGACACUCUAGCGCGCUGCUGGCUCUGGAGUGGCCCUCCGAGGGCGCUCGAGUGCGCAUGGAGACUGGCAGGCCAUGUUGCCUGGAGAGCGAGGAGCGCGGCCUCCCCAGAAGGGGGUCUGGCGGCAGCGGGGACACCUUGUUCCGAGCCCAGGACUCUGCCAGUGUCCCGGAGAGGCUGCUGGCCCAGGAAGGCUUAAGCGAGGACGUUGGCCCCAGGGCCGGGAAGAACUGACCAGCGAGGCAGGUGUGACUCAGCAAGCAGCCUUCCAGUGAAAGGAGGGGGAAAGGCCAGACAGGCGGCCGCCUGGCCUUGGUACAGCUGCAGGAGCGGCCACUGCAGGAGCGAGCCGGACUUUGCAGACUGCACUGCUCUUUCAAAAAAAAAAAAAAAAAAAAACGGAUCCCGGGCAAUGCUUUCAUUUUCUAAAGGACGCUAUCAUGGAAGCUUUGAAUUUCACAAUAAACCUAU